GAGUAAAGUGGUAACGUAAUGCUCAGCCAAACAACAUAAUGUUGUCGAUUAAUAUGGUGUGGGGUGAAUAUUAUUGCGCUAAGAGGACGUGAUACGCGCUAAGAGUGUUUAUAACGUUUUAAUGACUCACCUGUAAUGCGUUCAGUGUGAUAUAAAGGUCGCUGAAGCUGCCUGUGUGAACGCCUCAGCUGAGCUCAUCUGCAGCUUGGAUCCCUUAUUACACUGAAGAAAGUAAUCUCCUUCCAAAAUGAGCAGGGACGUCCCUAUUCACAGCUGGCCCGGCUCCUAUUACAUCAACAGCGAGAAGCGGUGGGAAAAUGGCACCUUGUCCCUCACCAGGACCAUGGUGCGCUUUGUCUCCAGCCAGAGUAAGGAGAGUCUCGCCAGCUUCCGCCUCUCCAGGAUCAUUGAGAUGAAGAUGGAGUCAUCCAGUUUCAUCUUCAGCACCCUCACGGUGCUGGAGGAGGGCAAUGUGAAACACUGGUUUGGCUCCCUUAAGCCCAAUAGGGUCGUGGUUUAUAAUGUGUUAGAGCAUUUCUGGAGAGAACGCCUCCUGUCACCCAGCUCAGAGGCAAGGGGGGCUGAAAGUCAACCCUCUAAAGGCAGGGAGCUGAUCAACCUGGUGGUCGGGGCCCAGAGGAGACUGGAGGACACCGGCAGAGUCCUCAGCCACCAAGGAGAGCAGUUUGACAAUAUGAUGCAGGGGCUGGAGAAGAUUGACUCUGAUCUGGGCGUGGCUGAUAAACUUUUGUCAGAGCUGGAGUCUCCCUCCUGGUGGCCUUUUGGUAAACUGCCCUGGAAGACGCAGCAGGAAGCAAAGGCUGAGGACGCUGCCAGAGCUGCAGCUGCUGCUGCAUCUGCAGCUGGCAAAGGGUCUGGUAGAAAUAAGGUGAUCACAAGCAUCCCGGCUGUGGUGACUAAAGGCAGGGACUCAGACUUGAAACCCGGAUGCUUGUUGGUGCUGGUGUCUUCACUGGAGGUGCGAGACACAAACUGCCAGCUCCUUCACCGCUUCGAACGAAAUGAAGUCGAUGAAAUCAGAGUGCACAGUCCGUAUGAGAUCACUGUUAGACAGCGGUUUAUUGGGAAGCCGGAUAUAUGCUACAGGUUCCUGUCUGCCAAGAUGCCAGAGGCGAUGUCGGUGCUAGAGAUGCAGUACAAAAAGAAAGUGGAGUUCACCAGUGAAUACACAGCUUUUAAAGCAACUCCACUUUCAUCUCCAUGUGACACAGAGGGGCCAAACUGGAAUAAAGGUUCGCUGCAGAGUUGCCAAGACACAGAUCUCCCGCUGGAGGUCCCAGCAGGAGAGCUGUCCCAGUUGCAGGUGCACGUCCUCCAGCCAUCCGUCAGUCAGGCUGAGGCCCAGGAACUGAAACAGAUGCUGAUGCAGCUGAAGAACCUCGCCCUGGAGGCAGAGACGGAGCUGGAACGGCAGGACGAUGUUCUGGACGACCUGACCAGCUCCACUGACCGAGCCACCAUGCACAUAGAGAAGCACACCUGCCGCAUGAAAAGACUGCUGUAGCUCCGACCGUCCAGCAAACACAUGCGGUAACUAGGUCCCUCCUGAGAAAUGCACUGUAAGCUUCCUCAUUGUCCUCACAGAAUGAGAGAACAGCAAAAAGCAGCAGUAAGGAUUUACAUAUACUCUAAAUAAUCCAUAGGAUUUUUGUUGUAUAUAAUCACAUAAUCGCAUGGGUUCAAGUGUCAGGGAUUUCUGGGAAGUGCACCAAUGUUUGCUUAACACAAAAAAUGUUCACAGAAAUCCCCCCCCCCCCCCAGAUUCAGAUAAUGACUUUUUAUUUCAGAAUAUUAUUUGAAACAGUUCAAACAUGUGUGAAUGGGAAAAUGAGCCAUCUUUUAAGAGUGUAGAGUUUUGUGCUCUGAAUGUGUGUGUGAAUGUGUUGUUAGCAUCACGUUAGAUGAUAUAUGAUAAAAACACAUUUUUUAAUUGUCUUAAGUUUUGGAGUUGCCAAAUCCAAAUAACACACUUGAUCACAAUUUGGUUCAGAUUCAGUGGAAAGAAAGGUCUGCUCUUGAAAUCGACCAAUAGGUUUAUAACUAGACGAGUCAAAAGGCUGAGACAAGCCACCACCCAGCACUAUGUGUGUGCCUGGUGGUGGUUCUUACGGCUUGUCUCAGUCUUUUGACUCAUCCUUAAGUUAGCAAAACACUAGCUUACUAGCUUGUUGAUGUUAUACAUUUGUUUUUUCUAUUAUCAGUUUAUUACUUUCUAAUAACUAUGACAUUUUAGGUGGAGGCUUUAAAUAAGCCCAUGUGGGUUUUCUGCCUCUCCCUGCACUUUACAUUAUAUGUUAUUUUUGUCAUUUUAUGUAAUUCUACCUGUGCAAAUAAAAUAAAACCUAAACCUAGUUAACAUAGAUCUACAUCAAGUUAGCACUCAGGUGUCGUCAACCUGCCACUCUUCAGGCGAUCUGCAGUAGCUCCCUGUUGCUGUGACAAAAAAAUGUUACGAAACGAACCGGUUAUUUCUUUUUUUUAUUUUUAUUGGUGUAGGCCCAAAAGCAAUUUUUAUUCUUCAAUUGUAAUUGUAGCUUUAAAACAGCGUUACAUUUUUUUAUAUUAAACAUUUUAGUCCAUUAAAAUGAGCAUCACAGCUUACGAAAGUCUACAGCCUUAGCCUCAAAAUUUAGUUUCUAGUUUCCUGAGCUAGGCCAACUUUCGAUUCCUAAUUUAGACUUAGUAUGCUGUUUUAUCUUCAUUGUAAGGCUCAAAAUACGGUUUGUGGCUCCAUUCCAACAUUUUAAAAA